GCAUGCGUCACUGGAAUAAUGGAGGACUGUCUUCCCCACUCGAACUGAUGAUGUCGGUGUUUCUACUCUUCUACCUGUGACCCGCGAGUGAAAACAAGUCGUCGACACUUCAGCGCGCAGUUGACGUCAAACUCUUAGGACAAGAUGACCACAGACGCGCAAGCCCAAACUGACGCGUCCAAGGUGAUGACGUUCACACCCUCGAAAGAGGAGUUCAAGGACUUCAGCCGUUACAUUGCCUACAUGGAGUCACAAGGAGCUCACAAAGCUGGAAUGGCUAAAGUUAUUCCACCUAAAGGCUGGAAACCCAGGCGAACGUAUGAUGACAUCGAUGACCUGGUGAUUCCUGCUCCCAUUCAGCAGGUAGUGACGGGUCAGUCAGGGCUGUUCACGCAGUACAACAUCCAGAAGAAACCGAUGACCGUCCACGAGUUCCGUAAAACCUCAAACUUGGACAAGUUCUGCAUUCCCAGAUAUGUGGAUUUUGAUGAGCUGGAGAGGAAGUUCUGGAAGAACCUGACCUUCAAUCCACCCCUGUAUGGGGCUGAUGUUAGUGGAACGCUGUACGAUCCUGAUGUGACUGAAUGGAACAUAGGUUGUCUCAACACCAUUCUGGACACCGUGGAGAGUGAGAGUGGCAUCAAGAUCAAAGGAGUCAACACGCCAUAUCUGUACUUUGGGAUGUGGAAAAGUGCCUUUGCAUGGCACACAGAGGACAUGGAUCUGUACAGCAUCAACUACCUACACUUUGGAGAGCCCAAAUCCUGGUAUGUGGUUCCACCAGAGCAAGGGAAAAGACUGGAACGACUUGCCAAGGGUUUCUUUCCAGGAAACAAUCAGAGCUGUGAAGCCUUCCUGCGCCACAAGAUGACUUUAAUUUCACCCUCAAUUCUGAAGAAAUACGGCAUACCAUAUGAGAAGGUCAAUCAGGACGCGGGACAGUUUGUUGUGACCUUCCCGUUUGCUUAUCACGCUGGUUUCAACCACGGCUACAACUGUGCCGAGUCCACCAACUUUGCCACCAAGCGAUGGAUUGAUUACGGCAAACAGGCAACACUGUGUUCGUGCCGUCAGGACUCUGUGAAGAUCUCCAUGGACGUGUUCGUACGCAAGUUUCAGCCCGAGCGCUACAAGUUAUGGAAAGCAGGGAAAGACACCGCACCCAUCGAUCACUGCAAACCCACACCAGAGGCUGCAGAGUUUCUGAAAGAUGAGCAAACACAGGCCUCUGAAGCUGUGUCUGAGGACAGCACUAGUCUGGUCCAGGAGGACAGCACAGAUCCGGUCAAAGAGGACAACUCUGGUCCAGUCCACGAGGACAGCACAGAUACGGUCAAAGAGGACAGCACAGAUCUGGUCAAUGAGGACAAUUCUGGUCUGGUCCACGAGGACAGCACAAUUCCCGUCAAGGAAGACAUCACUGAUCCCGUCAAGGAAGACAUCACUGAUCCCAUCCAGGAGGACAUCACUGAUCCCAUCCAGGAGGACAUCACUGAUCCCAUCCAGGAGGACAUCACUGAUCCCAUCCAGGAGGACAUCACUGAUCCCAUCCAGGAGGACAUCACUGAUCCCAUCCAGGAGGACAUCACUGAUCCCGUCAAGGAAGACAUCACUGAUCCCAUCCAGGAGGACGUCACUGAUCCCGUCAAGGAAGAUAUCGCUGAUCCUGUCAAGGAGGACAAAAGCCCAAAGACUCAGACUGGGACAAGGACUCGAACUGGGACAAAGCGUCAGCUUGAAGUAGCUGAAGAUGUCAAACCUGAGGUGACGGUGAAGGAGACUGAGGAGGUGGAGUCAAAGAGAGCGAAGCUGUCCCGCAAAGAGUCUCCAGCUAAAGUCCCUGUCAAGCCAGAAAAAGACGCCGUAAACAUCAAGUCAGAGCCUAAGAAGGAGAAGGACACCAAGCAGCUAACGAAAUCUCAGUCUAAAGCCAGUGCUAAAAAAGGCUCAAAUCGACGAAGCCCAUCAAAAAAAGAGAAGAGCAGUGAACCAGCUGCUGACGUCUGUCCUCCUGAGCCUGUCGAGAGCCAAACGGUGGCUCUGAGCUCGGGGGAGGAGGUCGCCGCCGGCAGAGUUGAGCCUCCGCUGGACAACGCCUGCAGCCCGGCACAGAAACAGUUUCAGAGGACGCUGAGCCCCGCAGAUGUCCUGCAUGUCCACAGCUACGCCAAAGGAGACUACGGAGAGGGAGAUGUCCCACUCAAGGAGGACAAAAAGACGGAGGAGGACGAUGACGACAGUGAGGCGGUGCAAGACAGCAAAGCACAGGUGGCAGAAGAGGCCAGUGAAGAUGGAGAGGUGCAGUCAGAGACUGAUCUCGGACAGCUGCCAGGCCACCAUCCACUCAUUAAGGACGGCAUGAGUGAUGACGAAGCACCAGAAGUGACUCCUCCAGUAGAGGAGGGUGGCCUAGAAGGGGAGAACUGGGCAAAGCCCCUGACUCACCUGUGGCAGAGCAGACCUCCAAACCUGAAGAAAGAGAGAGAGUACAAUCAGCGCAUGGGCUCCAAACCGCCAUACUGCUCCAUCUGCUUGUUGUUCCACACGUACCAGCAGACUGAACGCGCCAACACUUCAAACAGUCCAGUCAUGGCUCCCGGUGGACGGAUGAGAACCAAACCUCUGAUCCCAGAGAUGUGCUUCACCACCACCACAGAAGACGACGCGGAGAGCGAGGAGCAGUACGUCACACCUCACCUGGAGGAAGACGGCACUAGCCUCCUCAUCAGCUGCUCCCAGUGCAGCAUCCGGGUCCACACCAGCUGUUAUGGAGUGGAUCCAGCCAGUGUGAGCAAGGAGUGGAAAUGUGCUCGCUGCAAGGCCAACGCCAUGACUGAGAACUGUUGCUUGUGUUCACUGAGAGGUGGAGCUUUGCAAAGGGCCAACAACAGCAAGUGGGUACAUGUGUUGUGUGCACUUGCUGUGCUGGAAGCACGUUUCGUGAACGUCACUGAAAGAAGUCCUGUGGAUUUAAGUGGAAUCCCACUGCAGAGAUUUAAACUGAAAUGUUACUACUGUAAGAAGCGGAUGAAGAAGGCGUCUGGCUGCUGCGUGCAGUGCUCUCACGGCCGCUGUCCCACUGCCUACCACCCCACCUGUGCACAGGCUGCUGGGGUGCUCAUGCAGCCAGAUGAAUGGCCCUUCGUGGUCCACGUCACCUGCUGUCGACACAAAGGCCCGGCUCAGAUCGAGCGCAACAAAGCAGCCAUGCACGAGCUGACCGUGGGACAGAGGGUGAUAUGCAAGCACAAGAAUGGCCGCUACUACCAGUGUGACGUGGUGCAGCUGUCUAAAGAGACGUUCUACGAAGUCAACUUCGAUGAUGGCUCGUUCAGCGACAAUCUCUUUCCUGAAGACAUUGUGAGCAGAGACUGUGCUCAGCUUGGACCUCCACCCCAGGGUGAAGUGGUUCAGGUGCGAUGGACGGACGGCCUGGUGUACGGGGCCAAAUUCGUGGCAUCUCAUGUCAUCCAAAUGUACCUGGUGGAGUUUGAGGAUGGGUCACAGCUAACGGCCAAGAGAGACGACGUCUACACUCUGGACGAGGAACUGCCCAAGAGAGUCAAAUCCAGACUGUCCAAAGCAUCAGACAUGAGAUUUGAUGGCAUCUUUGAAGAGAAGGAGAUCAUCAAGGCGUCAAAGAGACAGCGAGUCAUCAACUCACGUUACAGGGGCGACUACAUAGAGCCUGUGAUUUACAGAGCCAUCAUGGAGUAACGCUCACACACACACACACACACACACACCAGCAGCACUGACACACGGAACUGUGCUCACUGUACCUUAACGUAGCAGUUAGCCACUGAGAGAGUGUAGCUCCACGUGACUUCCUUCAAGCCCCGAUUUAGACUGUUCUACUUUUUACUUCUCAUUAUUUUCUAUACAUCAAAGAGAAUUCUGUUGUAUUUUGUUUGUUAUUAAAAGCAGCUGUGUAGUU